AUGGCUAAAUACGAGUCAUGCAUCCUUGGAAUCAGAAUGGCAAUCGACAUGAACAUCAAGGAACUUUUGGUCAUAGGAGAUUCUGAUUUGUUGAUGCACCAAGUCCUGGGAGAAUGGUCAACUAAGAAUGUCAAGAUACUGUCGUACUUGCGCUGCGUGAAGGAGCUGCGCAAAAAGUUCACAAAGAUUGAGUUCAAACACAUCCCCAGAAUUCAGAACGAGUUCGUAGAUGCCCUUGCGACCUUAUCAUCCAUGAUUCAGCAUCCACACAAGAACUACAUCGACCUCAUCGAGGUAGAAGUCAGAGAUCAACAUGCAUAUUGCUUCCAUAUGGAUGAAGAACCAGAUGGUAAACCUUGGUAUCAUGACAUCAAGAAGUUCCUUGCGACCCAGAAAUACCCAGAAAAUGCUACUAAUGGUCAAAAGAGAGCCCUCAGGAGGUUGGAAAAUCACUUCUUCCUCAGCGGGGAAGUCUUGUACAGGAGGACCCCAAACUUAGGUUUGCUGAGAUGUGUAGACACCAUCGAAGCAACCAGAGUGUUGGAAGAAAUACAUGCAGGAACGUGUGGACCCCAAAUGAACGGGUUCACGUUAGCCAUGAAGAUUUUGAGAGCUGGAUACUUUUGGAUGACUAUGGAAAGCGACAGCAUCUGCUAUGUGCAAAAGUGUCAUGCCCUGAACCUGGGGGGCAAGACUGGCACCCAAUGCCUCACCUAA